UCCUAUCGAUAUCCAUAUAUCGGACACGCAUACACAAGCAAGUGACCAUUGAAUGUGUGUCGGCUGAAGAAAAAACAGAAAAACCAUUAGAAAUAUGGAUGCUAACAAAACGGCAGAAACGGCAGCCACCAAAAAAGCCGCCGAUAAGGCAAGCGACCCGAAGGCCGUAGAAAAUGCAGCCGUCGAGAAGGAGGCGAAAUCCGAAAAGGGGGCACCCGAUGCAGUGACACCCCCCACCGCAACCGCUGCUGCUGCUGGUGACGUCGACGAGCCAACCAAAGGAGACGCAGCGGCAGCUCCAGCUCCCGAAUCAGAUGCAGCUGCGGCUGAUAAAAAAGAAAAAUCACCUCCGGCAGCAAAGAAGGCAGCAACCAACAACAAAAAGGAUGCAAAGGACGAUAAUGCCGAACAGGAGGAUGAAAACACUGAAGAUGGUGAUGAGCCCGAUAACGAAGAGGACGAUAAGGCCAGUGGUGCCGAGGAAGAGAGCGAGAAGAAAGCCAAAACAGAAGUGGACGACAAGAAAAAGGAUGCCGAUGGCAAGGCCAAGGUGGGAGCGGAUAAAGCCAAGAAGCCAGAGGUAAAGGCCAAGAAUGGCAAAGUGGAGAAGGACGAUGAGGAUGAAGAUGCCGAGGAUGAUGAAGAGGAUGAGAACGAUGGGCUGGACAAAAACAACGAGGUGGCCGAAGACGAUGAGAAUGUGGUGGCCCUGUCGGAGAUCGAUCGAAUCAAUGAGAACAUCAACAAGACCAGAGUGGAUGGGCUGCAAGCUCUGCAUGCGAUUUGUUUUGGUGCUCAGGGUAAGAACAAUGUGGUUAAGAAGAAUCUGCGUACUUUUGCCGGCUUCGAGUUUGCCAAAGACACAUCGGAAUAUAAUAAGAAACUGGAUGCAAUAAAAAAACUGGACAACAAGGGCUUGCGAAAUAUCUGUGAGAUCCUCACCUUGGAUCGCAAGGGCAGCAAGAACGAGGUGGUGCUGCGAGUGCUCAAAUUCCUGAUGGAACCCGAUGAGUCGCUGUGCUUGGAGCAGGGCGACGAGGACGACGAAGAGGAUCCCGAGGAUGAGGAUGUCGACGAUGACGAUGAUGAUGAGGAUCCUCCCAGUGAGGAGGAAAAGAAGCGCAAGAGCGGCAAGUCGGGGGGUGCCGCUGGCAGAGGCUCGGCACGCAAUUCCAGUGGACGUCCUAAACGAGCCACGGCAGGAAAAAAAAUGUCUGCGUAUGUCGAUUUCUCCAGCUCUGGAGAAAGCGAGCACAAAGUAGCGGUGCCUAAGAGAAGACGCAAUGAUGACUCCGAAUCUGGUUCCGAUUACAAUCCCUCGGCCAAUUCAGACUCUGAUGCUGGUCGCGGUGGUGGAGCUGGUCGUAAAGUUUCCGGACGCGGAAGUCGCGGUCGUCCGGCGCGCAAGAGUCGCCGAAGAAACUCUGAUUCGGAAGAGGAUGAAGAAUCCGAGCUGUCGGAUGCUGAUAGUGAUGUACCGAAGCGCAAGCGAGGACCGGCGGGCAAGCGUGGACGGCCAGCAGCCUCGGCAGCAGCUGGAAGAAGGGGCAGAGGUCGGGGAGCGGCAUCGCGACGGCGCAAGGAUUCCGAUAGCGAAGAAGAUGAUAUUUCUGAAGAUGAAGAUGAGGAGGAUCUGUCUGAUUUCGGCAGCGAUCAAAGCGAGGAGGAACGCCCCAAGAAGAGUAAGAAACCCACAACGCCUGCGAAAAAGAGCAAACCUAAUAACAAGUCUAAACCAGCUGGAAAAGCCGAUGGUCGACCCAAGAAAUCAAAGAAAGAAUCGUCCGAGGAAGAGGAUGACGAUGUCGAUGACAAAGACGAAUCCGACGAGGACGAGCCACUAACCAAAAAGGGCAAACUGGCAUUCCCAACGGACGAACAAAUACGCGGCUAUGUAAAAGAAAUCCUGGAUAAAGCCAAUCUCGAAGAGAUCACCAUGAAAACAGUGUGCAAACAGGUGUACGCGAAAUAUCCAGACUUUGAUCUAACAGAAAAGAAAGACUUUAUUAAGGCCACAGUCAAAGCGUUAAUCGCAACAUAAAACAAGCAAGGGAAGGAGGCAGUUUGAGGCCGGGGAAGGGUCCAUGUCCGGUAGACAAGCUAAAUAAAACAAAAUGAAAGUGGUUUGCCGCUUUUUGAAGGUCGCCAAGACAGAACAUCGUUCGAUAAACUUUGAAAGCAGCAGCUCUUGUAGAUGUCCUAUAAGUAUAUGAUUUUCACUCCUAAUCCCAAAAGCUACCUGCAGUUACCUACACCAAAAUGUCAGCGGCGGUAGCGGACUACCCAUUCUAAUAUAUAUUCUUUGUAUAUAUAAAAAUUUUGUUUGACCAACCAGUACACAUGCACGCAUGAAUGUCUAUAUUUUGAAAGUAAAACGUACUCUCUGAAGUUCAGCAAAAAGUGUGAAAUUUGUGAAAAAAAAAAACAUGAGAAACUUGUAAAAAUCCGAAGAAAACAAAGCUAGUGCAUUUUCAUUUGACGUUCAAGAAGGAAAUAUGUAAUUAAAUUUAAGCACAAAAAAUAAUAAUAAUAAAAAAAAAAAACAAAGCAAAAUUAACGUUUGGAAAGGUUACAAAUAUAUAUCUAAAUUCACACACUGGCAGCAGUACAAAAACACGAAACUGGAUAUCUUUUUAAAUUUAAAAAAAAUUGCAAAAACGUCUUUGGCAAUGUAAAAAAAAAAAUUAAUUAAAUUGUGGGCAAGGAUGCAAGCCACACACCCUAAAACCCCAAACCGGAGCUUGUGAUCGCCAGUGGCCCCCAGUCAGAGAUACUCCAGAGAAUAAUAGUUUUCAACCUAUAUUUCUUUAACACCACCCCACCCCAGAACCCUAUUUAUUUUGAGUGCUCGGGCCUUAGUAACUGAGGAUAUAGGAAGGUUUCUCGGCAAAUAAACGCAACUAGAGACACGCUCACACCCAAGUGUGAGUAAAAUCAACAGAAGAUUGAAAAUUAAAAAAAAAAAAAAAAAGAAAUAAAGGUUAAAUAUUAUAAAUAUUAGAUAUAAACAAGUAAAAUAGAUGUAUGUUAAUUUUAAAGAAAGAAGUAAACAAAAUCUGGAUAUCAAACAGCAACAGAAAAGAACAAAAAUCAGUUAGAAUCUUAAAAGCCGCAUCUCAAUGUAAGUUUUCUUGUAGUAGAUCCCCCGUAAAUAAUAAAAGUAACUCGAUGUAUGUUGAAUUUCCCGAAUCACUUAAUGAAGUAAAAUAGUUUAGCCCGAAAUAACUGGCACUAAGCUAUAUCGUCUCUUUCUGUGCAUUACGACGUUCUGUUUCGACUUUCGCUGCAAAGUACUAAAGGGUAAAAAAAACAAUUAUUGCAGUGUAUCCACAAUAAAAUGCUAAAAAUUAA